UUCAUUCAUUAAUCACAUUUCAAAUGGAUUUCUUCGCUCCCCAUUAUUUCUCCAUACACAUUGCUCUCAUCUGGGUUCUACUUUGCAGAGGUGCAUCAGGAGCCACGUUUAUUCUAAUCAACAAGUGUGAUUACACGGUGUGGCCUGGAAUUUUGGCCAAUGCGGGUAGCUCCGGAUUGGACUCAACCGGGUUUGAGCUCCGACCCGGUGGGUCACGGAGCUUCCAAGUGCUGCCGAAAUGGUCCGGAAGAAUAUGGGGCAGAACCGGGUGCAAUUUUGACCCGAAUACCCAACAGGGUAGCUGCACCACAGGAGAUUGCGGUUCCAACCAGGUCCAAUGUAAUGGGGGUGGGGCAAGCCCACCCGCUACAUUAGCCGAGUUCACAAUCGGGUCGGGUACCCAAGACUUCUAUGACGUGAGUCUAGUUGACGGGUACAAUUUACCCAUGAUGGUGGACCCGAGUGGGGGAUCGGGGACAUGCGGGUCCACCGGGUGCGUUGCAGACCUUAACCAACGGUGCCCGAAUGAGUUACGGGUUGGAGACCGCAACGCGUGUAAGAGCGCGUGCGAGGCGUUUCAGAGCCCUGAGUACUGCUGCAGCGGCGCGUAUGCUUCACCCGCGACUUGUAAGCCUUCGGUUUAUUCACAGAUAUUUAAAUCCGCGUGUCCCAAAUCGUACAGCUACGCCUACGACGACGCUACGAGUACGUUUACGUGUACGGGAGCUGAUUAUACCAUCACAUUCUGCCCUUCAAACACAAGGUAA